AUGGCGUCGAAGCUUGCUUCAAUGGCCUCGAAGCGUUCUUCAAUGCCAUCACGUUUGUUAUCCCUCCCGGAAGAACUACAGCACGAAGUCAUCUACCGGACGCCCGUCGAAGCGCUGAUACAGUCAGCAACAUUAUGCAAGCGAUGGACCGCUCUCCUCACCAACAAGAAAGUCAUCCACACACACUUGGAUCGGUCGGCGGAAAGAUUCAUAAGAACCGUUGAUACAGUAAACGUCGUUGAUCCGGUGACGCGAAUAUGCUCAAGUACUUCACCGGUUCCGAGAGAGUUUCAAGACCCGAACAAUACAGAUGCUCUGCUUCACUGCGACGGUCUUAUGCUGUGUAGACUUCGUGGCUGUCACGUCAAAAGGUUCGAGCCCGAGGAUCCAAGACGCCCGCAAAUAGCGAUUUGGAAUCCCGUUUUGAGAAAGGUGAAAUGGAUCAUGCCUUCUGACUGUGUGUCCGCUUACAAUAACUUUGGGCUAGGUUACAAGAAUCGAGGUGAUUACUUGAUCUUGCGGUUCCCCCAGAUCCAGUAUAAGUUUGUGGAAGGUGAAAACCCGGUUGAGAUAUACGAGUUGAAGAAUGAGUCAUGGAGAACUCUUGAGCACGUGAAGGUUGAUUGGGUGGUGGAUAGAUCGUGCCAAGGUGUGUCUGUGCUGGGUAACAUGUAUUGGGUGGUUGCUCCUGAGAAGAAGAAGAAGCGGAAAAGCUACAUUCUAGGUUUCAAUUUCACGGUGGAAACAUUUAAUGACGUGUGCUUAUGUCCUCCUCCUCCUCUCUCUUGUGGUGGUGAUCGUUACUUAAGCUGUUACAGUAAAGAUAGAUUGUCUUUGCUACAGGAAGAUACAAAAUCAAGGAAGAUUGAGGUUUGGCUUUCAAACAACUUGGCUGAUGCGAUCGUCUUGUGUUAA